UUUAGUUUCCUUAGAAGCACUGCACUCAAUCUGUACUAAAAUGAAUGUUGUUGUUUUUAAUUAAGUAUUUUAUUAUUAUUGCCUCAAAAUGGAUGAGUUCUCACAAAACAUGGUAGUUCUGAAGAGAGAUGAAAAAGACAUGCUGCUUACAAAUAAGGACCCGCAUUUAUCUCAUUUAUUUGACCACUCUGGCCCAAGGACUCCAAACUCUGUGUCUGCAAACCCCAGCCAGUCAGCUAUGGAGGUAGAAGGAAGCUUCACUGAGGCAAACAAUGACGAUUAUCAACUAUUUGAAGAACAAGGGGGAUCUUAUAUGCCAGAGUUUUCUCCCGAUUCAUCCAACCUUAUAAUUGACACUGGUAGUAGAGAAGGCUACAACAACAACAAUUGCACUCAGCGUGAUUCUGCCAUUGCCACUUCGAAAGCUAAAGAUUUUUCCCUGCAUUGCAAGACAGAGACGAACAAUGGAAACCCAUAUUCUGUCUCUGAUGUUCCCAGUAGUGCAUAUGUUCGUGAAAACAAAGGGUUUGUCGUCGGUUUUUCAAAGCGUGAUUUGAACCGAACUUCGCAUAAGACCUCACAGAGCAACGCCCCGAACCUCACGUCCAAACAACCCCGCAGUGCCUCCCCUCCACCAGAUCACUACAACAUGCAGCUACUAGCACACAGUGCACAACAGCAACAACAACUUCUGCAGAAGGAGAAGAAAAAAGAAGCCACGUUUAGACACGGAAGCAGCAACGCGCUACAACAACUAGCAAUCAAAGCAAGCUUGAGACAAGACCAUAGUGACGACCACGCACCUGAUUCUACAUUUAAAUCAGAAUCAGUCUUCUCGUACCCGUUUUCUGCCAACCAAGUAUCCACCGCGCGUACAACACAAACUGUGCCCUUUAUUAAAACAACUCCUCAGUCGUAUACUGUCCAACAGUCAUCCACUCGUCAGAUAAACAACACAAUCCCGAUCCCUAAUCCUUAUGGUGGUUGGAGCUUCAUUGACUCCUCAAAGGAAGUAAAACACGCAUCAGACAUCACUUUUGCCCAUCAAGACAGCCCUGUGUUCAUCCUCCAACAAAACGAAGCAGCCAGGUCAACUCCCAAGCUUGAGUUCCUUGGUCUUCCGGAAGAGAGAAAACCUCCUAUGAUCACUCUCCCACCCAAAACAACGAUCGAACCGGAGCUGAAGAGCCCAUUAGAUCAUCCUGAACAUCAGCUGGACAAUCAGCAGAGGAGUAGGUUCUUUUCCACGGAGUCAGUUACAGGUAGCGUGAGCGAAACUGCUCUUGAUGACGAAGCCCCAAUAAACGAUCGGGAUAAACAAGCAGCUGCUGCUCUCAGAGUCCUCCUGGAGCAAAGUGAGAAGUCGACACCUGACGAUCACAUGAAGAGCAGAAUCUUCUCUAAAAGGUUGACGCAGAUCAAACAAGAAGAACGGACUACGCGAACCACCCCUCCCCCUGCGUACGAUCAUUCACUACAAAAUGAACAACUCAUCCAGCAAUAUGUUCAGUUCCAACCCAACAGUGAAACGAUGUGCCAACCCCCUUCUAAUGUUAAUCCUGCUUACCAACACUGCUUACCAACAGAAGGUUCAGUGAAGCAAGAACCCAUCAGCCCAAUGACAACAUUCUGUCCAUCUGCCAUCAACUUUUCAAACUCGAAAAAUGUCCAAAAACUUUCCAAUACACCUGAUGCAAUGUAUCAACAGAUGAUGGAGACCGAGAUAUUAGAUUCAAGGAAUCCAAUCCUUUCUCAAUGUACAGAGGCAAAUACUUAUGUCAGCAACCAAAAUGAAAGUGGAAAUUUCACACCAAACCGUCCAGUUAUGCUGGAAACUACUUUACAUACUCCAAUCUCAUCCCCUGUUAAGCAGGUGGUUCCCGGCAAGCCACGUCGUAGCAGUAGCAGUGGUAGUUCUGGCCACAGAAACUCUGAUGGAAGUCUCACAUGUACGUUGUGUGGUCAUUCCUUCCGCAGCGCACCUGCUCUUAAUGGCCACAUGCGUGUGCACAGUUCAAAUGACAAAAAACAGGCCAAGGAUGUUACUUCUUCCCGUGCAGAAUUCGCAUUGAAACCCAACAUCCCGUCAUCUAUUGCAAAGCUUCCACAAAGUGAAUAUAUAUUUCCCAACAACCCACCACUAAAUGGAGGCUCACUGCAUUACUCCACCAACACCAAUGUGAUUCAAUCACCGUUUGUGUUGAGUUCUGUGGGUUCGAAAGUUGACAAUCAACCACAUAAUGGAUUGCUAACAAUGGCCACUGCUGCUUCACUGCUUAAAACAGAUCCUGCGCGAUCUGAAUACAACAUGUACCAACCACAGGCCAUUCCACAAGCAUAUGUCAUGCAGUCUGGCAUGCUUCUACAACAGCCUACCAUGGUAAACAUGUUGGGUCAAGGGUUUAACGAAGUCCAGAACUUUAAAACUGAUAACGUACAAGUAGGGGUUGCACAGAACGUCCCAUACAACCCACUUUACCCUACACAAACUUUACCAUUAAGGAAUCUCAACCUUCCAGUCUCCAACUCCACACAGCAUGGGUUAAUACCUCCUGAUAUGCUGCUGGGUAAUCCACAAAUCAACCAGGAAAGAGAGACCUUAACCCCACAGACAUAUGUAGUGGAGCAACCACAAAAACUUGUCUCAGACAUGCCCUUCCCUGCUCAAUACAAUGCACAAGGAUUAAUGGGCACGAACUCUCUCUCCCAACUUGCUUCCAUUGCUGUAGCAACAGCAAACAGGGACCAACUCCAGGACUUUGGGAUGCAACAUGAAAUCCAAGGACACUUCAUCCCAAACGAGAUGCACAACUCAGUAAAUGAAUCGAUUCCCUCCAACAGUGAUGAGUGGAUCGCUACCGGGCAACAAAACCAACCUCAACAACCUCAAGCUUUAUACGAUGACUCCCCAGUAACGCAGGAGACUUCAUCCCCCAUCAGAUCUGGACACGAUCCGUUUAUUCUCCCAGUGACAGUACCUGUGCAUCACAAGCCACAGGACUAUAACCAAUAUGAGUCUUCAAUUGAAGAGCCAGCUAGCUACAACAGAGUAACGUGGUGUGAUCGUCCUAUUUCCAUCAGCACAUCACCUUUCUCUUCAUAUGAUGAUCCACUGAUGCGGGAAGCAGUGAACGUUGCGAACCCGAGCAAGAUCCUUCCCAACUCCAUGAUGGGAGGAACUCCUACAGGAUCGAUGUUCGGAAGCACUAGUCGUCCGUUUCGUCAACGCCAUCACAGCGAAGGCUCGCAUCUCAUCAAGGCUUCUAAUGAAAGUAUCUUGAAGCAGAUGUUACACAGCCCUGUUCCUGCUGUCAAGCUACGGCUCAAUAAACCAGCUGAAAAAGACAGUCAAUCAAAUAGGUUGGUUGACACCGACACCAAAUUGCAAGCGAGCGUUGCAGGAAACACUGUGAACGUAACAGCAACUCAUAAUGCAAAGGAAAAUAAAACAACUGUUGAAAAACCGGCGGCAAAAACUAGAGAGGCGGAAAUUUGGGCUGAACCAAAACCUGUCCAACAGCGUCGUGUUCGACGCAGACGACAUUCUGCUGACUGCAGGUUGUUAAAGUCAAGCUCGUAUUUAUAUCAUCCUAAGCACGAAGUAGUUCGUCCAACACACCAGGGUUUGUCACCUAUUCGUAAACCGAGCGUCAUGCGUUCAGAUUCGAGGGUGCGACACAAACCACCCCCUUUAAUUAUACCUUCAAGCGUGAAUACUUUUACACCUCUCUCUGGAGCGCAUUCUCAUUUCUAUCAAAGCCACCUUCGGCACAGAAGAAGAACAAGUGGAGAUAGCAAUUCAAGUUAUAAUGGUGGUAACGAUAAGAUCCCCCCCUACACCCCACCACCCAUGUUAAGUCCCAUAAGAGCUGGGUCGGGGCUUUACUGUACAACUCCUGUCACCCCUUCUGUGAAGUUUCUACGGCAAAUGAGCUUGGAGACAAUCCCUCCCAUAAUAGAGGAAGAUGAAAGUUUGGAAAUGGAUGAUGAAUGUAUUAGGUCAACUGAACCCAAAAUAAACAUCGGGUCUCGAUUCCAAGCUAACCUUCCAAAUCGAGAAAAUCCAUCGAACAAAUUAAAGUUAAAACACAAGGCAGAUCGAGUAUGGGACCGUGUUCCAAAUGAUGAACAAGUGGAAACACACUUGGAAAACUUGAUGGAGUUAUCAUGUUCGGCUGUUGUGAUGCAUGGUGGUGCCAACAAGGAGUACGCGAUGCACUGUAUGUCUAAGAAUAAAGGAGAUAUUCUGUCAACUGUGAAGUGUUUACUGAGGGUUAAAGGGAAACCCCCUCCAGCCCCCACAGCUCCAGGUAAACACACGGGAACCCCAUGGACCCCUCAUGAAGUAAAGAUGUUCGAUUGUGGAAUGCUGGAACACAGGAAGGAUUUCUAUGUCAUCUCAAAAAUGGUAAAAACGCGCAGCACAUCUGAAUGUGUAGAUCGAUAUUACCACAUCGUGAAGAGGAAUCGAAGGAAGAUCCAGCGUCCUCGUCGGUACAGAGGGGAGGAAGGGGAUGAGAAAUUGAUCGUAACUCGUCUCGCAACAUCCAACCAUCACGAGAUGAAGGAAAUCCUGAGCGCUUCAGCUUCUUCGUCAGAUGAUGAGCGAUGCGGGAAUAAUGCCUCACAAGACCUCCCAUGGCAAAUCCCUGUCACCAUGCAACAACAACAUAACGUACAAUCAAGACUCAACAUUCCUUCAAAUGCUUCAAUGAAGGCAAUCAGAGCAAACACAGUUCGUUCGUACCCGAAGAUAGAUAGUCCAUCACCGGCCGCAUCUCCAGCAUCCGUUGCUUCAUCCGAUGAUCCUCCUCCUCAGAUCUUCUCGUGUCCCGUCUGCGGAAAGUCAUUUGCUAAGGUUAAAAGUCGUAAUGCUCACAUGAAGACACAUGGGAAGCACGCGCAAGAAAAACGGAGGCUUCGUGAAGAGGAGGCGAGGAAAAGAUCCGAAGCGCUCCAACAACACCCCCCUUCACGGAGCACAACAGCGUUUAAUCUUCCGAGUUUCAAAGCUCCCACUGUGACAAACCCGCCAAUGUUACCCCCUCCCCACCCAAGCGGGAUGAACCACCCGUACCCAAGGUUUGGGGGGAAUAUUUAAUCUCAAGCAGGGGUGGAUUUAUACGGAACCAUCUAAACCCCAUUCUGGAAGCUCGAUAAAAAUUUGAAGUAUACCUCAGCUGUAUACAGUACUUUCAAUGUCUUUAAACCCAAAUUGCAAUCUUUAAUUGAUUAUCUGAAAUAACUUAUAAUUUUAGAAGCUCUGGUUUUAUAAAUCCAGCCCUGACUUUGGUUUUGUUCCACACAGUCAUGCAUAGCCCUCUAUAUAUGUGCCAUACCUUUUAAAUGUUCCAAUUUUUCUUUUAUUUCUGACUGAAACACAGUGUUGAGUGUUGGGGGUUUGAAUGCAAUGAACUGAUGUGAGACUCAGGUAUUGGUGUAUAAGAUUAACCGUAAUUUUCCAAACCAUGAGGAGCAGCCUACGGUACACUCUUAACUUUAAGUAACCCAUAUGAUACAGAAGUUCCAGUUCUUUGUUGUUGUUUUUUUUAAUGAAAUGACUUUUUAUCACGCUGCCUUUUAUCAAAUAACUUCUUUUUAUUUCUUUUCUAAUCUUCAAUUUAGUUUCUUUGUCUUUACACGAUUAUGUUGUUAUUUGGCUUUUAUGAAUUAGGCAAGUCUAACUACAAACGCCUAUGCUGAUGCUUGUAUAUAUUUUACAUAGCUUAUACAUUGGUGUGUACGAACUAAUGCGCUCAAAGUUGUAGCAAUUGCAUGUUAGAUCUAGCACCCCAGCCUUAGUAAUGAGAUCUUAAGUUCAAAUGGAUAUCUUGUCUUAAUAUCAUUAUUUUACAUCUUAAAUGCACUUCCAUAUUCGCUUGGUAAUUUCCAACCAUGUAUAGCUAUAUUGUUUUAUGCAUUUUUUACUUGUUCAAUUACAUAAUAACACCCUAUGGGGGUUGCUUUGCAACAUGACAAUGUCAAAAGCAGUGAUUCUGGUUUCACUGACGUCAUAAACUUAAAAACAAUGCAAA